GACUGGAGAGAACUUGCUGGUGCUGCUGGCGAUUUGCUCCGCGAGCCCUAUGACGUGGGCCCGAUCUUGCUCGACCUCGUCAGGGACUUCCCCGGUUCGUUCGGUCGCUACGUCCGCGAUUCCCUCAAACCUCAGCUGCGCGAGCAUAUGGCCACCAUGGGAGGUCGGCUGCAACGUGACUUGCUGCCGUUACCGUACCCUACCAUCGUGAAGACCGACGUCGUGCGCGACGGCGACGACCUUAGCGACCUGAACUGGGAGGCACUCCACUGCAGGCUGGUUGUCACGGUGCUGGCGCUCAACUGGGAGGCAGGCUUUCGCUCGCUGAAGUUCGCGCGCCAUUGCCGCAGGCGCCCGAACGCUGCUCAGCGGGCAGCCUUGGCGGCCCUGGGCCGCCGCCUGUAUCUGGCGACGCGCAUCGAGACCAGCCUGCCUGCGGAGCUCAACUGGGAGGACCGCCUGAAGGACCGCAAGAUCGGCUACGGUGGCGCCGAGAUCACCGCGCCUUACAAGCUGACCCUGGAGCAGGUGCUGGACGGCUUACCGCCGCCUGGUGUUGCGGCCUCGAUUGUGGCGGCCGGCGUCGCGACGGGCUUCGUGCGGGACGCGCUGCUGGAUCCUGGGCUGGUGCUGCUGCCGCCUGCGCUGCGCCGCGCGGCGCCGACUUCGGCGCGGGUUUGGGCCUCGGAAGGCGAGUGGCAUCGCAUCGUUGAGGCCCUUCAUGAGCGCGGGAUGGUCGGCCCGAUCUCCGCGCCUGACAUCGCGUGCCGGGGUGGGUCGCCGCUGCUGAACGGAGCCCUUGGCGUUCCGAAGGCCCGCGACGCCCCUGUCAAGUGCCAGGGCGGGAUGCUGAGGCCCGUGCUCAGGCUCAUCACCAAUCUGACCCCGUCGAACGCCUGCCUGGAAAGCAUCGUUGGCGACGCGCCCGAGAUGCCGACGAUGAGCCAGCUGAACGGCCUGGUCUUGAAGGAGUCCGAGGACUUGCUGUGGAGCGGUGCCGACAGGAAGGCCUUCUUCUACGUCUUCCGUGCACCGCCGCCGCGGUGGCCGUACACGGUGAUCGGGCCGCCCGUGCCGUCGCGCCUACUGGGCCUCAAGGACGGCGGCACUACCCACAUCUGCCUGCGGGUAAUCGGCAUGGGCUGGAUCAGCGCGGCGGGGGUCACGACUCACCUUCAUCGCAACAUGCUGCGCCGCAGCGGCGCGAUGCCUCGCGGCCUGAGCCCCAGCUGCGAGAUUACCCGGCGCCGCCGCCUGCCGCUUGGCGCAGAGAAGCCCUGCCCGCCUGCUUGGACGGUGUACAUCGACAACUUAGAGAUCGCCGAGAUCGUCGACAAAUCUGAGGCCGACAAGUUGCGCGGGACGGUCCCCGAGCUGCUGACUGACGCUCGAGUCUGCAACGAGGCAGCAGGGUCACCUGGCUCCCCGGGCAAGGACCUGCACCGCGUGGUGCGCGCCACCACUCUGGGCGAGCUUGUCGACGGUGUUGAGGGUGUCCGUCGGCCACCUGCAGGAUACAUUACUGAGAUGGCCAGCCUCACGCUCUGGGUUCUGGGCAAGAGGUGGGCCAGCAUGCGAUUGAUACGUAUUCUUCUUGGGCGCUGGGUUCGCGUGCACUGCUUUCGCCGCCCGCUGGCGGCGAGCUCCGCUUACACCUGGAAGUGGCUCAACGACCCGCGCUGUGGAGGCCGCUUCAUCGUGGGCGUGAUCGAGGACUUGCUGAUGCGCCUAGCCCUGUCAGGGCUCUGCGUGGCCGACAUGAGGCUCGAUGUCGAUCACCUGGUGACGGCGUCGGACGCGUCGGAGGCCGCUGGAGCCGCGGUGUACAGCACGGGGCUUACCGAGCGCGGCCGCGUCGUUGCGGGCAGGCGCCAGCGGCCCGCUAACGCCGCCUGCGAGGAGGAGACCGCCCUGAUCACCGUCUUUGAUGGUAUCGGUGGCGGACGCCGUGCCUUCGAGAUACUGGGCCUGGUACCAGCGGUGCACCUGUCGUUCGAAGUGGACCCGCAGGCGGUUCGCGUCGCGCGGCGCGCUUACCCUGGCACGCAGCACCUCGGAGGUGUUACAUCUGCUGGCCCUGCUGCCCUGGCUGGUCUGCCGCGGGCCCGUGGCCGCAUCGCCCGCGUGGUGGUAAUCGGCGGCUUCCCAUGCCAGAUCUACACGAGCUUGAACGUCGACCGCAAGGGCUCGUCGGACUCGCGCGCCUCGCUUGUCGAUCACAUGGUGAGGGCCAUCCGAGGCCUGCGCGCGGCUAUGCCCGAGGUUGAGGCUGGGGGCAUUGGCUGGGUGAGGCGUCCUCGUCUCUACUGGCCGUCCUGGGACCUGCUGCCGUCGUGCGAGGCCAAGACCGUGAUGGCACUGACCAAGGACGGCGCCUCUCGCCGCCUGUGCCGCGUGUCGCUGGAGGUGGAGCGCCCGCCGCUCGAGGAGUGGCUGCCGGCUG